AUGAGUUCCAGGAACUGUAUGCUUUUCAUUUCGUCGCCAUGGUUCUCAUUCACGGUCCUCGUUGGGCAUGUCCUCCUUUUUUUCCUCGCCAUGUUGACAUGUCGCGGAGCCUCAUUCAGCGUCUUGACUGUGUCUCUUGCGAUUCCGAGUCCGGGGUGCGGCAGAACCUAGAAAAGUAAAAUCCCAUGGUUUUUCGAUAAAUGUUUUUGGAAAUAUCAAAGCUAACGGUUCUUUGGAUGAGUUUGUGAAAUAUUUUCACAAAAAUGGAAAGAGAUACCUGGGAUGAGUCCAGGAACUGUAUGGCGUCUUCUAUUUUCGUCGCCAUGGUUCUCAUUCACGGUCCUCGUUGGCGUCGUCCCUUUUUCCUCGCCAUGUUGCACAUGUCGCGGACCUCAUUCAGCGUCUUGACUAGUGUCUUGCGAUUCCAAGUCCGGGGUGCGGCAGAACUUAGAAAGUAAAUCCAUGGUUUUCGAUAAAUGUUUUCGAAACAUCAAAGUUAACGGUUCUUGAUGAGUCGGUGAGAUAUUUUUCACAAAAAUGAAAAAGAAAGAUACUCUGGGGAUGAGUUCCAGGAACUGUGGCGUCUUCUAUUUUGUCGCCAUGGUUCUCAUUCAUGGUCCUCGUUGGCGUCCUCCUUUUUUCCUCGCCAUGUUGCACAUGUCGCGGACCUCAUUCAGCGUCUUGACUGUGUCUCUGCGAUUCCAAGUCCGGGUGCGGCAGAAGCCCAGUAAAAUCCAUGGUUUCCGAUAAAUGUCGGAAAUAUCAGUUAACGGUUCUUUGGAUGAGUCUGGUGAGAUAUUUUCACAAAAUGAAAAAGAAAGAUACCUGGGGAUGAGUUCCAGGAACUGUGGCGUCUUCAUUUCGUCGCCAUGGUUCUCUAUUCACGGUCCUCGUUAAGGUCGUCCUUUUCCUCGCCAUGUUGCACUGUCGCGGAGCUCAUUCAGCGUCUUGACUGUGUCUCUGCGAUUCCGAGUCCGGGUGCGGCAGAACCUGGGAAAAGUAAACCCAUGGUUUUCGAUAAAUGUUUUGGAAAUAUCAAAAGUUAACGGUUCUUGGAUGAGUCUGGUGAGAUAUUUUCACAAAAAUGAAAAGAAAGAUACCUGGGGAUGAGUUCCAGGAACUGUGGCGUCUUCUAUUUUGUCGCCAUGGUUCGUCAUUCACGGUCCUCGCUAUGUCGUCCUUUUUCUCGCAUGUUGCACUGCUCGUCGGAGCUCAUUCCAGCGUCUUGACAGUGUCUGGCAUUCCGAGUCCGGGGUGCGGCAGAACCUGAGAAAGUAACCAUGGUUUUCGAUGAAUGUUUUGGAAAUAUCAAAAGUUAACGGUUCUUGACGAGUCGUGAAAUAUUUUCACAAAAUGGAAAAGAAAGAUACCUGGGAUGAGUUCCAGGAACUGUGGCGUCUUCUAUUUCGUCGCCAUGGUUCUCAUUCACGGUCCUCGUUAAGGUCGUCCUUUUUCCUCGCCAUGUUGCACAUGUCGGACCUCAUUCAGUUCCUGACUGUGUCUCUGCGAUUCCGAGUCCGGGGUGCGGCAGAAGCCAGAAAGUAAAUCCAUGGUUUUCGAUAAACGUUUCGGAAAUCAUCAAAGUUAAGUCGGUUCUUGAUGAGUCGGUGAGAUAUUUUCACAAAAUGAAAAAGAAAGAUACCUGGGGAUGAGUUCCAGGAACUGUGGCGUCUUCUAUUUGUCGCCAUGGUUCUCAUUCACGGUCCUCGUUGGGCGUCCUCCCUUUUUCCUCGCCAUGUUGCACAUGUCGCGGACCCUCAUUCAGCGUCUUGACAGUGUCUCGCGAUUCCAAGUCCGUGCGGCGAAGCUAGAAAAAGUAAAUCCAUGGUUUUCGAUAAAUGUUUUCGGAAAUACUAAAGUUAACGGUUCUGAUGAGAUCGUGAGAUAUUUUCACAAAAAUGAAAAGAAAGAUACUCAGGGGAUGAGUUCUGCGUGAACUGUGGCGUCUUUUCUCGUCGCCAUGGUUCUCAUUCAUGGUCCUCGUUGGCGUCCUUUUUCCUCGCCAUGUUGCACAUGUCGCGGAGCUCAUUCAGCGUCUUGACUGUGUCUCUGCGAUCCCGAGUCCGAGUGCGGCAGAAGCUUGGGAAAAGUAACCCAUGGGUUUUCGACAGAAUGUUUCGAAAUAUCAGUUAACGGUUCUUGGAUGAAGUCGGUGAAAUAUUUUGCUCACAAAAUGGAAAGAGAUACCUUGAUGAGUUCAGCGAACUGUGGCGUCUUCGAUUUCGUCGCCAUAUGCUCCUCAUUCACGGUCCCCGCUAAGGUCCUCCUUUUCCUCGCCGCUAUGUUGCACUACAUGUCGCGGACAUACCAGCGUCUUGGAUCAGUGUCUCUAUGA